CGUCCCUCGCCGCAGGUGCCGCCGCCGCGUCCCGGGGAGAGGAAGCGCCACGGGCCCGGCCGGCGGCCGCCCAGGCCGGGGAGGAGCCGCCGGAGAAGCGAUGCAGGAAGCCAUUGCCAUAACGGAGCAGCCAGUCUCUGUCUCUGUCCCGGUGGGAUAUUCCUUCGUGCUGCGGUGCCGGGCCCAGGGACACACCUCACUGCAGUACCAGUGGUUUUGCCAGUACCAGUCUGACUGCCGCCUGAUUCCUGGAGCAACCAAUGAAGACUUGCCCAUCAUUGCAGAGCAGACCCAGCUCUACACCUGCAGAGUCAAUGACCUCCACAGAAAUGUCAUCUUCUCCAACUGGGUGAAGGUAGAGGUCCAUCAGUGUGUUGCCAGAGGUCUGCCCCCUCGGCUGUGGCAAGGAGAACCGGUCAUUGUCCUCAACCCCAGUGAGCAAUGGGUGGAGCUGGGGCAGCCGCUGCAGCUGCAGUGUGCUGCCAUGGGGGUCCCAGCCCCCAGCUACCAGUGGUACCGCAAUGGGAACCUGCUGGAGCAGCAGAAGAGAAAAAAACUCUGGAUUGCCCACACCAAGGCCAGUGACUCUGGCACGUACCUCUGUUGUGCCUCCAACAGUCAUGGAGAGCAUUGGACCAACGCCGUGGAUGUUCACGUCGGUAUGUGUGGCUCUGGAAAGUUUUUUGCUACAGGCAAAAUAGCACUUUUGGUGGGCAACAACCGCUACCAGCAUCAUCCCAACCUCAUGGCUCCUGUGAGGGAUGUGUUUGAGCUGAGUCAUCUUCUGGAGCAUCUGGGCUUCCAGGUUGUCUCCCUGCUGGAUCUGAACAAGGCUGAGAUGGCGACAGCGGUCAGUCGCUUCCUGCAGCUCCUGGGGAAGGGAGUCUAUGCUAUAUUCUACUAUGCUGGGCACGGGUAUGAACAUCUGGGGAGGAACUACAUGGUCCCUGUUGAUGCUCCACAACCCUAUGCCCCUGAGAACUGCAUCAGCGUGCAGAGGAUCCUCCAGAAGAUGCAGCAGCAGCAGACGGCCCUGAACAUCAUCCUGCUGGACACCUGCAGGAAGUGGUACAACCCAGGGUGUGCCUUGUCCCAGGUGCAGCCGCUGGAGCCCUGGGGAAACACUGUCUAUGGCUAUUCCACGAGUGAAGAUGCAGAAGCCUAUGAAUUGCAGGAUGGGGAGUUCAGCUCAGGGAUCUUCAUGAAAUAUCUGAAGAAACACAUUCUGCAAGAGAAGAAGGUGACACACAUGCUGGAGGAUGUGUUAGAAGACAUUGGCCAUGAUCCCCUGGUCGCUGGCAAGCAGGUGAUGGAGAUCAAGCACACUCUGAAGGAAGCCCGGUCCCUGACUGACCCCAUCUGUCCCUCGGGAGAAGCCCCUGAGCCCUGGGGGCACAGCCAAGAGCUGCCCAGCAAAACAGUGACCUUCCCAUGUGGCGUGCGGGUGGAGCUCUGCUUCCUCCGGCUCUUCUCUAACCUGAUGUUUGUGUGUGCCAAGCCACAGCCACCCCUGGCCCACAUCACUGACCCCCAGCUCCUGCUCCACCAGCUCACUGAGAUGGGUGAUGUGGCCAUCCAGAGGGAGAGCUGUCUGGACCAUGUGGAGACUCUGCUUGCCUCUGUGUACCAGCGGGAGGAGCUGGACUGCAUCUUCCAGCUCUGUGCACUGCAGAAGAUUCAGACAGAUGUGGUCCUGCAGUUGGAUUUGCAUUACAUCCGGCCAGGCACAAAACAGAGGACUUGUGAAAGCCUGCAAACGACCCUCCAGCAGUCCCUGCUGAGGCAGUGUUUCAGCCAGGGGAGUGACUCACAGUCAGGCUCGCAGCGAGCUCCUGCCCGCGCAGGCAGCGCACGCCUGCAAGAUGCGCUGGCGCCGAGCACAGACCCCAAGGGCCAGGGAUCCCUGAGCACAGGCUCUGGCCACAGCUUGCCCAGCAGCAGCCCCUCCAACUUCAGCAGUGAGCCCGAGGAGAAUGACGAGAGCGACCUGGGCGAGCUCUGCUUGGCGCUGCUUCGGGCUGGCCCGGGGCAGGACGGGCCCUGAGCCUCAGCCUCGGGAGCUUCUCUUUUAACUGAGGCCUCAAUUUGAGAGCUAAAUCUGUCAGGAUCCAUCAGCCGCUUCCCAGCCUUGGCAUCGCCCUGUCUGAAUGAGACCAAGGCUGCUUUUUUGGAAAGGUUUCUCCUGUCUGCACCCUGUGGCGUGCAGGGCCUCACUUCCCCCUGGGAAUAUUCCCUGUCCCCUGGGAAUGUUGGGAUCCGCAGGGAUUUGUUGUGGUGUCUGGCAGAGGACACGGCCACCCACCAGCGUAACGCUGCCAGGCAAAGGUGCAGGCUGGUGUUUUCUGCCUGAAGACAAACGUUGCUGCGUUGGAUGUGGUGGGUAGCCCACAAACACUACAGACCCCUCUGGCUCAAAUCCCAGCCGUGACUGCUGGAUCUCACCAACCUGUGCAAAGGACACAGGGCUGGGGAGCCAGGUGAAAUAGUGUCGGCUCUCCACGGGGUUCCAGUGUGGCUUCCUUCCCACGCCUCUGUCAAAGCAGGUGUCAAGUUAUGCAUUUAUGUAUUUCUGAAGCAUGUAUUUAUAACUGGGAGGCUGGACAGUGGCUUGCCAGGAAAAGGAAGGUCAGAUGUUCCAUCCAGUGUGCGUUUACAUUGGAGGCUGGUGUUCCACUGGACCAGGAACAGCGUCCAGGCAGGUGCACUGACACCUGCCCCUUGCACCGUGGUACAGGGGCAUUAAAGGGUGUUCAGCCCUCUGCAGUCCUGAGUUCUUCUCAGGUGCAGCAUGUCCUUCAGGAGAGAUAGAAUGUACCAGGACUGAGAAAGGAUAACUUCAAGAAAGUUAUUAUUAGUGCAAAUUGUUUUGUCUGUGUGCCUGUCUGGGCUGUGUGCAACCUCAAGCACUAGGUGGAGAGCCAACUGUCCUGGUGAGCCCCGGGUGAAGAGAGCCCAAAGGACAGCCUGGGUGGGCUGGUGCCCCUCCCUGAUUGCUUCCCUAAUGCAUGUUUGAUAAAGGUAUUGCUCAGUGACCCUAGGGAAGUGUGGUGUCUCCUUCCUUGGAGGACAGUUCACUUUGGACUGCAGAAGAUGCCAAUGACCUGAUCUAAGCUGGCUGAGGGCUGGACCAGAGAACACUGGAGAUCCCUUCUGGCCGCUGUGGUCCUGUGGAGCAAAGAGGUUGGAGGGCAGAACUUCUUGAGAGGUCAAGGGUAGCAGGGUAGGGAGAAUGCCCAAGCUGUGACUUGCUUUAAAAGAGGGUUGGAGGCAGAAUUUUCUCAGUUUUGCUCUCCUUCAGCAGUGAAGAUACAUCCCCGUCUGUGGUGUCAGUUGCAGCACAGAAAAAUCUGAAAUGUUGCUUCCAGAUAAAGCAUUCUACAAGUGCUGGAAACCUGUCCAAAAAGAACAGAGGAGGCUUUUAUUAUUCUCACAGUGAGUAGCGCCAAGGGAAAGAAGAGGGGCCCCAGCUGGCUGCAGACUAGGAAGUCUCCUAGAAAAAAAAAAUAUAUAAAAAAUUCAGAGGAUGUAGUUUAACUAAGAUGGGCUGAUAGAGAAGCUAAACCAGAAAUUAAUAAACUGAUUUCAGGAAGGACCAAAGAUCAACCCAACAGCAGCAGGCACUGGGGACAGGUCAGUGGGAAUGGCUUAGCUGGCAUUUGGGAGGAGCUGGGGCUCUCAUUGGCUCUGUGGGGAUUAUUCACACCUUCCUGUGCUGUUGAGGCAUGGCUUUUUCCUGGCUCACAUUAUCAUGCCAAGUGUCAUGUAAUGUGAAUGUUUAUCUCAUUCAAAGCAAGGCUGUUUAUUUUUUCUGAAUAAAACACUAUUGGUGUUUUUAGUGCAGAAAGUUUCACAUGACUCUGAGUUAACUGUGUUUAUUUUCCCUCUAAUUGCCAGGGUGUAACUUGAUAUUGAUCUGCUGGGGUUUCAUGCUUCCAGCUUGAGCUUCUAGGCUCUUCUAGGUGAGCAUUGUUUCUUUUUUUAGGUUACUGAAAAUACUGAAGUUUGUGUUUAGAAGGCAGAUCAAGUGACUAGAUAGGAUGCAAUGAUGGUGAAAUGUGUAGAUGAAAAAGUCCUCAUUCAUUGUGAUUUGUCCAUCAGCUUUGUAAGUGUGGCUUGGUGGUCUCCUGUCUUGGUGCCAACCACAGCACUUGUCCCUGUUGUCAGUUCUUCUGCUCCUCCAAGGAGACCCUGCAGCCAAGUCCAGGAGAACCACCACAUUCCCAUGGUGGUUUAUUCCCUGAGAUGAUGAUUUGUCAUGUCUGGGAACUUGCUGAAUUGCAAAGGUGGACUUUGUGUCCCAGGCCUCAGCUGGAGUCAUUGUAAGGGGGGAUGGAAGUAUGGAUCCUUCAUCUCCGCCUUUUCACGUGAAAUCCAAACUCCCUCAUGGUGGUUAAACUGUUUAGUGCCAGUAAAUUUUCCUGGAAAUCUAUGUUUCCAUCUCCCAGCAUCCAGGACAGACAAGACAUCCCAAGAUUGCCAUGUGUCUCUUAGCCACAUCCUUUCCAAUCUGCACCUUGGGCUCCACAGCCCACUGGGCCACCUGCAAGUGUGGGAAGGGAGGAGCAGAAAAAGUGGGAUCAAGACAUCAGCUCCAGUUUACAUUCUCUUUCUGCCUCCUUAUCUUCCACACCAUUGCCCUCCACUUCCUCUGUUUCUGGGUCAGUCUGUGCCCAGAGGCUACAAACAGUACUUAGAAUCAUUUCUGUAGGUAGUACAGGUGUUUUCCUUCACCCAGGUCUUUAAAAAGCACCAAGUGAACUGAAGCUUUAAAACAAUGAAUGACAAAAAUAGCAGUACCUAAAUAUUCAAUAAUUUUAUUUUUAGACGGAUGCCCUUCUUUUCCUCUCUGCUAGGGCAGAUGUGUUGAAAAGAAGGACCUUGGACAACAGCCUGAUAUGUUCUGCUGCAGAAUUCAUUUGGGAUGCAGUUCUCAGCUCAUUUGCUGAGGUUUGGCAGUUCCUGACAAAAAAAGGCAAGUGUACCCAAAAGGAUUGAGAAAACAAGGCAGUGAAAAUCAGAGCAAUCAGGGAAUCUUGGAAAUCAUUUCAGUCUGUUACUGGAAAACCCUGGGCCCAAGUGUAGUCAAGAGGUGUGUUAUAUGAGCGCUGGCAGAUCCACCCAGCCUGGCACCCUUCUGUUGGCAGCAGAUUCCUAAAGGUUUGUUUUCAGUUGGCAUUUUUGUGAUCAAAGGAAGGAAAAGGUGGAUUUGUCUCACAUCAGCCACAUGCCAGCCUCAACCAAAAGAAGAAACACAAGACAAAUCCUUCAUUUCAGGAGUCAUUUCUGGGGGGGAAAAAAUUCAGUGUGGGGCAAUGUUGAGUAAUUUCAUUUACCAGCUGACUUAACUCUUUCUAUCUUUUUGGAACAAAUCCUCUCCCUCACAGGAGUAAAUCUGAAUUUACUCUUCAGAAACUGGUAGGUUCUCCUUAUUUUCCCUGUUAAGAGGUUUUUCAUGAUAUACAGAACCUGCCAGAUCAUUUCCUACUCCACAUUACAGGGCAGAGUGUAGGGUCCUGUUGAUGGAAUAUGCUUGCAGUGUAAUAAAACAUAUAGAGGGACAUGCAGGGAAAUUGCAGGAUUCAACAAUAUAGUUUUGGUCUUUCCCUAGUUUUUGGAAGUAGCUUCUCAUACAGGCAGGAGAGAUCCCAAAGGCAUUCAGGGGCUGUUCACUCCCAGGGAAGGAAGGAGCUUCCCAAAGGGCAGGUUCUCGUGUUCUCUAGAAGUUAAUGCUUCCUUUUGUGUGGACAAGGAGUGAAGAGGAUGAUCUUGUGAGCUGAUAUGAUACAGGAAUCACCUGUUUUCUGAAAUGCUGAGGGUUGCUGUCAUUAGCUGAGGAUCACUGGAAGUCAACUUGCUCUGAGCACAACAGGACCAUCCACAAGGCAGUAACAGGAGACACAGGCUCAGUAGUUGUGAAGAGGGAACUGUUAAAUGCAGGUGCUGCUCUCACAGCCAGUGAGUCACAGACAGCCUUUAUCCAUCAUGUUUUGCACAUGGAGACAUCCACAGCUCUGCUCUCCUCUCUCCCAGUGCUGGCAACUGUCCUGCUUCCAGCAAAACAUUGAAUCAAGUCCCUCCCAAGCAUCACUGUGGUUGUGCUACCAGAAUACUCCCAGAAGAGUGCUUGUGUUCUGAGCGAUUCUGAGCACCAAACUGGGAGUUUCAGGACUGUUUCAGUGAAAUAUCCCUGCUCCCCGUCCAAGGAGCAAACAAGGACAUUGGUUCAGCUUAGCUGGUUUCAAAACUUACAAAACUGAACUCAUGGCAGGGCAAGAGAAUAAGGGAAAAGUGGUAAAACAGUCCAUUUGAAAAUGUCAGAUGGCUCAGAUUCAGUUCUUCCAGGCCUCCCCAUCAGGUGGAUGAUUCAGGAAUGAAACCAGGAGCACAGUUAGAAACAAAAGGGGUGAGUGAAGCCAUCCCCUGUCAAGCUAAUAAACCCAAGAUGACUCAUAAGGAGAUUCACACUGCCGACCUUCAUUCGGGCACCUCUGCAGAGACCUGGGGCACCUCUUCGGAAAACAGAGGCAGGAGCAGGUCUGGUGUCAUGGUGAAGCUUGCAGACCACGAUUUUCUUGUUAAUGGUGAGAAACUAUUGAUAGCACAGACCUUUCAUGUUGUCCCAGAGUUCUGUCCUCUAUCACAGAUUAUUUCAAUGACUGCUUUGCCAUUGUUACUAAUCUCUUGAAACUAGGUCUGUAACAUCAUGUGACAGUGAAGAGAAAAACACAUCCUCAAAAAAAGGCUCCUUGAAGUGCUUGAAAUUUCUUAUCUUCACAGUUUGGAUAACCUUUUUCAUAACAAGCAACAAUUUCAGAUAUUGGUCAUAUCACCCCCUCAAAGAGAUAGAAGACACACUUUGAAAUUACAGACCAGACUUCGUGCGCAGAAGAACUGACACGGUGUCACACAGUAAGGAAGAACUAAUGUCUCUUUGAUAAAUCUGUCUUCCCUAAGUUGGGUUUUCUUGCCACAGUGUCAGGAAUAGUUGACGAGACAGACGUGUUAUUAAGUGGUAAAAAUAAACAGAUGGAAGAGACAAGUGAGAGAUUUCAGCUAUGACUUUCCAGAAUGUUUCAGCAGAGAAUAACCUCCUCAAUUCCAUUCCCUACCAGAGAUGAAAGGCAGUAGUUACUCAAGGACUGCAUGGUUGGAGCAAUGGGGCGCCCACAGGUCCCUGGUUCCCACCUGCCCUCAGGGCAUGUGAGAUGGGGCAGUUUGGGGUCCCAGAGAGGGGUGCUGGUCCUGACCUGCUGCUCCUCCAGACUCAAAGUCACCACUGUGGAGAGCGUUGGUGCCUGACCACAUGAGCACUGACUGCCUUGGGUCCUCCUAGGAACUGGAACCUAUUUUUGAGACCAAACCCCUAUAUCAUCCCUCUUCUUUCACUCUCCCUCUCUCUUCCACAGAAGAGGGGUCUCACUCCUUCCCUCUGUGGAGGAUGCUGCAGUUUGGCCAAGGCUGUGCUCCUGACAACGGAAAGGGCAGAGCACAGGCAGGCUGAGGAUACAGCCACUGCAAGAGAUCCUCACUCUGACAGAAGGACAUUGAGAGGCUGGAGUAUAUCCAGAGCUGGGAGCAGAGCUGGGGAAGGGGCUGGAGCACCAGGAGCAGCUGAGGGAGCUGGGGGGGCUUAGCCUAGAGAAAAGAAGGCUCAGAGGGACCUUCUUGUGCUCCAUGACUCCCUGACAGGAGGGUGCAGCCAGGUGAGGGUUGAGCACUGCUCUCAUGAUACAAGGGAUAGGAUGAGAGGAAACUGACUCAAGUUGUACCAGGGGAAGUUCAGAUUGGAUACUGGGGAAAAGUUCUUCACAGAAAAGGUGGUCAGGCAUUGGCACAGGUUGCCCAGGGCAGUGGUGGAGUCACCAUCCCUGGAAGUGUUCAAAAAAACAUGUGGGUGUGGCACUUGAGGACAUGCUUUUGUGGUGGUCCUGGCAGCUGGACUCAAUGACCUUAGAGGGCUUCUCCAACCUUAAUAGUUCCAUGUCCUAUGAUUCUAUGUUUCAUGCUCUGGGAAUGCAACGGUAGAGCACCAGCUCCUGCAAAUGUGACACUGAAAUAGGGUCAAGUGGCAGUGUUGUAAGUGUUGGGGAGCUGACCUUGGUGUCUGGGGCCCUCACCACAGCAAGGCACAACACAAAAUCCCAUUUUCUGAAGAGCUGAUGGUCAAGGGAUGUUGUUCCCAGACCUGGCUCAUGCCCAGGCUAUUGGUCAUUGCUGGAAGAACAGAGGGUGGCUUCUGCUGUGUCACUGCAGCCACCUAUCAGCCUGCCUGCUUUAUCCUUCUGUGUCAUUUCAUAUCAAUUAUAAAAUAUUAAACCAGAUAAAUACCUCUAACCUUUCUGGAUGAUAAGAUAUCGUUCAGCCUCCUAAAAUGCCUUGUUUUCGCUGGAAAAUGCUAAUGGGAUUAUAUAAAGGUUAUUUCAGCCUCCUUUCAAUUCUGGAGACGUGGCAAAACAAUCACGAUGCCCUUUGUUUAUGCCUUUUUAAUGACUGCUUUUACCUUCAGGUAUUUGAGUCUUCUGCAUCUUUUCAGGUGAUCCUUUGAGAAAUCCUCGGACUGCUUUUUUUGUGGAAACUUCCUGAGGAAUGUAAAUGUGCCUGUGAUUUUAGAGGUCUGGAGGAGAGCUGGGGUGGUGGAGCACUCUGGCAGUCUGGCAAAUGUUUGAUGUGCUUGUUUAGAUGUCCUUGUGUAUUUUGCAGUGCUAGGGUCAGGAGCUGCACCCACAGGUCCUGCAUUGUGUCUGUGCAGCAGUGCUUGCAGCAGUGAGCACCAGUGCACCCCUGGGGCACUGCUCGUGCCCUUCCCUCGAGGCCCCUGCCCAUGAGCCUGUGCCAGGCUGCACUCAGGAGAAGCUCAGUUCCCUGGAUCAUGGAUGCCUUUCACUGUUGUGGUUUGACACUGGCCAAUUGCCAGACACCCGUGAAAGUCGUUCACUUUUCUUGUUACAGAGAGUUGGGCAGAUGACAGGGAAAGAAAAUUUAAAAAGGGCUCAAGAGUUGAGAUAAGGACUGGCAGAAAAAACACUCUAAAGUCAAAACAGGUUCAAAUUUAAAGGUAUAAAAUAAAUUUAUUAUGAGCAAUCAGAGGAGGAUAAUGAGAUGUAAAAUAAGCUUUUGAAACACCUUUUCUCCUCCCAGCCCCUCCCUCUUUCCCACCAACAAAACAGGGAGACAAGGUGUGGGAGUUUUGGUCAGUUUGCUACUUGAGAUCUUUUGUUAGCUCAGGGAGAGGAGUCUUGUCUCUGUUAUGCCGUGGGGCUCCUCCCAUGGGCAGUCAGUCUUCCCAAGACUGCUGUGGCAAGGGUCACUUGACCACAGGGUGCAGUCCUCUAAGGCCAGGCUGCUUUAGUUUGGAAGCAAGGGCCCUCUAUCUUUGGAAGUAGAGGCCUUCUCUCUUUCUUUGGGCUUCUCACUAGAUCACAGCUUUCUCUGGCAUCCACCUGCCCUGGUGUGAGCACUUUUCCCACAGGCUGUGAGUGGAUCUCUGCAUCCCCUGUGGAUUUUAUGCAUUACAGGGACAGUUUGUUUUAACAUGGCCUGCAGAGGAAUCUUGGCUCCAACGUUCAAAGCACCUCCCCUUCCUUUUUCCCACUGACCUUGGUGCUGCCAUGUUGCUUUCCCUCACUUCCUCUUCUUCUCUGACUACAAGAAAAACUUGCUUGUAGGUACCAUUGCCAACAAGUUCCACCAAUUCAAAGCUUCUUGCAGGAUUUCGCAGCGUUGAGAGGUCGAUCGCAUUUGGGUUCGUGUUGGGGAGUCACUCCCCGCGUUUUUGCUGCCAGCCAUGUGGCCCUGCCACCAUUACACUGCCACUGUUUAAUGCCUCUCUUGAUGCAGGGCACCGGGAGGAGAAGCCACUGCUGCUGGCCCUGCCCUUGUGCCCGAGGUGCAGCUGCCCAGGGGUGGCCAGUCAGGCAAAGCUCGCCACAAGCUGCACAGAAAUGGCAGCGGCCAUGGCACGUCACUGCACCCAGCAGGGAUGUCUCGCCACCCUGGAAAAAAACUGUGUGCACUGCUUUGAUUUUCUUCUUAAAUAUGUCAUCACAGAGGAAUUACCAGCCUCUCUAAUUGGCCCAGUAGCAUGUCAGUCUUCAGAGCCAUCAGAGACUGGCUCCAUUGGACACAUUCCUAUGGUGGAAGCUUCUAGCAGCCUCUCACAGAAGCCACCCUAAUGGCCCUCCCCCACUACCAGAAACCGGGCUGUGCCAAAUCAACACACACUCCAUGACAAAAAGUCCCUGUUUAAUGCUCAUCCACUGCCAUGAUUUAGCAUCAGCCCAGUCAGCCCAUCUCAACUCCUCCUGUAGGACAUUCAGAAGCACAUCACACCCCUCCAGCAUAUCAGCAAACUCCAGUGGCUUCCUUCAGGCCACUUCAGUGGCUGUAACAGAAAGACUGUCCCAGGCACACAAGGUCCCUGUGUCAUGGGCAGAAGUGCAGAAGCUCUUUCUGAGGUCCUUGUGUGAUGUGUGUCCUUCUCAAGGAACAUGACAUGCAGCAGCAGGACCAGAGGAAAUGGCCUCAAGUUGCUCCAGGGGAGGUUUAGGUUGGACAUUAGGAGACAUUUCUUCACUGGACAUUCUAUGAUAUGGCAAGGUGCUCCAGGAGAAGAUGACAAAUGCUACCUGCCAAAGAGCCUAUUUCUUUUAUUACCUGUUUCCUUCCUACCUCAACUUACUUACCUACCUGGAGGCUAUAAUUUUUUCUUGUGUAUCUCAUUGUAAU